AGUUUAUUUUGGGUGGUUUCCAUCAAUUUAAUUAAAUAUCUUCUCUCCAUCUCUUCCUUAUUUUUCCACCGAUUUUCAUAGCUAGUUUUUUUAGCCAACUCAAGGGUUUAAGGAAGGCCAAAUGGCCUUCCUUAGCCGGCACAUAGUCAUCCCUAUUUAAGGGAUUGAUAGUGUGUGCUUACUGAUAUACUGAUUUUUGGAGAGGGAAUAGUUAGUUCGUGUGACAAUAAUUAGUUUCACAGUGAACCGGUCUCGAAAGAUGGCUAAGAAUCGUGAACCCGAGAAGCCCAUGGAAUCAGGGAAGGAAGAAGGUCACCAAGCUACUUCUGAAGACGCUGGCUCGCAGGAUUCCGACUCCGCACCCCAUCUGGCGCAAGUUAGCAAAAAGCCCUCAUCCUCAACACUGGCAACUCCCAAGAAAGCCAAACCUCAGUCCUCCUCUAAACCCCAAACGCAGCCGCCUUCAUCCUCUGAUGAGGAGAAGAGUGGAUCUGAAUCGGAGUCAGACUCCGACGAACCAGACCCGAACGUCAAGCCCUCCAGUGACGGCGCUAGGAAGCUCAAAUCCAAGGCCAUUGCUUCGGAUCUGGUGACUCCUGCUAAAUCCACCGCCGCAAAACGCCCUGCCGAAGAGAAAGAAACGAAUACUAAGGAUGCUAAGAAGUUGAAGAAAAAGGCCGAGCCCGAAACUUCCGAGAAGAAAUUGCUUUUCCAGAGGGUUUGGAGUGAGGAUGACGAGAUUGUGAUUUUGCAAGGUAUGAUUGAUUAUGUGACCAAGAAGAAGUCCGAUCCGGUUGCUGACUUGAAUGCAUUUCAUGAUUUUAUUAAGAAGAAUUUGCAAGCGGACGUGAUUAGGAGUCAGUUGCAGGACAAGAUUAGGAGGUUGAGGCUGAGGUAUGAGAACAAUAAGGGCAAAGAGAAGGAGGGUAAGGAAAGGAUCUUUUCGAAGCGACACGAGCAGAAUGUUUACGAGUUGUCCAAGAAAAUUUGGUGGAAUGAGAGUGGGAAAGAAAAUGGGGUUGAAAAAGUGAUGGGGAACGGUAGUGCACUGAGGAAGAUUCCAAGCAAGAGGCCUUACACGGUUGAAAAUGAGUUUCUGGAGUUUGUGAAUAGUGAUCUGGAGAGGCUGUUGCCAGCCAAGCGAGUGAAUUCUGGUGGUGUGACUGUGGAGGAGAGGAUUUUGAUGAUUGGGGCAGAGUAUUAUGAAAGCGGAAAAGGGCUCGAGGAGGAAAAAGAAUGGAAGAAGCUGAAUGUCGAGGAGAUGGAGGUCUACCUGAGGCAGUUGGAGGUGAAGACUGCACGGGCAAAGCUUGUUCUGGAUGCUGUGAAGUCCGGGGGUCACUGAAGCUGUAGACAGGUUAUGUCAUAUUAAGCUUUAGGAUUUUGGGUAAUUUGUGUCUAUGCUAUGGAUGGAUUGUUAAGCUAAUUCUAGUUUUUGGGUAAUUUGAGUCUAUGCUAUGGAUGGAUUUUUAAGCUAAUUCUAGUUUAGGUUUCUUAUUUGGUCUUAAGUCCUUUUUUGUUUGGAACCCCUCUAGUUAUGCAUAAUGAACUACUUUGGUGUUUAUCUUAAAAUGGUUGAAGGUUCUUUGGA